UGUGAGCGAAAGUCGCCGCACCUUCACCGGGUGGAGCUUAGAUAGUGAACGUGGGAACGUUUGUGGGUUGCAGGAGUAAACAUUUUUGGCAGGGAGGAGAGGCGACCUGUGCACAGGGAUCGGAACAGAUAAGUUAGUUUUUAGCGUGUCUGUGGCAGUUUCUGAGUCAGCGGGUAGGCAGACUCGAGAGCGACAAAUGAUUUGUACGGGUCUAAGCAACAGGGCACAGAGCGAAAUGUCAGGGAUUGUUACAGCAUUGGGCAAAGGGAAGCGCGACUAGUACACCGCAACGCGGAAAAUAUUUAGGGGGGUGAGAAUGCGAAUGGUGCGAAGAUACCGAAAUCAAACAAAAUGGAAACGAUGUAGCGCCGCUGCGGCAUUUCAUAUAGCUAGAACUAACGGUAGAGUAGAGAAUAGAUAGCUAAGGAGCUAGCAGGUUAACUAACAUACAUGUAAAGUUAUUCCGCGGAGAAACCGAAACAGAGCCCGGAGGCGUCUGUUGAAUCUGAAGAGUUCAUCAACAUUGUGAAAUCCAAGAAGAUAAACAAGAAGAUGCUACGGAGGAGGCUCAACCGUUUGCUUGGCGGUGAUGAGAGAAGAGUAGACAGUAGGACUAUCUAUGUUGGUCAUCGGUCAUGUUCUGCCAAUGAGGCUUUCAUCCCACCCAAGUUCUGUGAUAACAGGAUUGUGUCCUCCAAGUAUACAGUUUGGAACUUUCUACCAAAGAAUCUGUUUGAGCAGUUUAGAAGAAUUGCCAAUUUCUACUUCCUUAUCAUCUUCCUGGUGCAGGUGAUAGUGGACACCCCCACCAGCCCAGUCACCAGUGGCCUACCAUUAUUUUUUGUGAUCACAGUAACUGCUAUCAAGCAGGGCUAUGAGGACUGGCUACGGCACAAGGCUGACAAUGAGGUGAAUAAGUACCAAGUGACAGUGCUAGAGAAUGGCCGGACAAGGAAGGAGAGUGAGAAGAUCAAGGUUGGAGAUGUCGUGGAGGUAAAGGAAGAUGAGACCUUUCCCUGUGAUUUAAUUCUGCUGCAGUCCAGCCGAGAUGAUGACACAUGUUUUGUUACUACAGCAAGUCUGGAUGGAGAGUCCAACCAUAAAACACACUACACAGUGCCAGACACAGAGAAGGAUCUGGAAUCUCUCAAUGCCACCAUUGAAUGUGAACAGCCACAGCCUGACCUUUACAAGUUUGUCGGCCGUAUGCACAUCUACAAAAACGAUCAGGAGCCUGCAGUGAGGUCUUUGGGUCCAGAAAACCUUCUGCUGAAAGGGGCAACUUUGAAGAACACCCAGAAAAUAUGUGGUGUUGCGGUUUACACUGGCAUGGAGACAAAGAUGGCUCUCAACUACCAGGGCAAGUCUCAGAAACGCUCUGCUGUGGAGAAGUCUAUCAAUGCCUUCCUUCUGGUUUACCUUUGCAUAUUGGUGAGCAAAGCUCUAGUGUGCACUACACUUAAGUAUGUGUGGCAGAGCAAGCUCGGACAGGAUGAGCCCUGGUACAACGAGAAAACCCAGAGAGAGAAGGACACCAAUUUGUACCUAAAGAUGUUCACUGACUUUCUGUCCUUCAUGGUGCUCUUCAACUUCAUCAUCCCGGUGUCCAUGUAUGUGACGGUUGAGAUGCAAAAGUUUUUAGGAUCCUUUUUCAUCACAUGGGACAAGGACUUCUUUGACCCUGAAAUCAAGGAGGGGGCACUGGUCAACACUUCAGACCUCAAUGAGGAGCUGGGACAGGUGGAGUAUGUCUUCACAGACAAGACAGGCACCCUUACUCAGAAUAACAUGGAGUUCAUAGAGUGCUGCAUCGAUGGCUUCCAGUACAAGUACCGGGACGCAAACUCAGAGUUGGACGGAUUCUGUGUCACAGAUGGACCUGUGAGCAAACUACAGCAGAAAGCUGGCAGGGAAAGGGAGGAGCUGUUUCUGCGUGCCCUGUGUCUGUGCCACACAGUCCAGGUGAAGGAGUCCACAGAGCAGGUUCAAGACCAAGGGGACGGGCUGAAAGACCAGGUGGAUGGCUUAGGGAUGGAUGGAGAGGGGCUCCACCUACCGCAGGAGCAGAGAGGCUUUAUAGCCUCCUCACCUGAUGAGGUUGCUCUGGUCAAGGGUGCCAUGAGGUAUGGCUUCAGAUUUCUGGGUCUCGAAAGUAAAAACAUGAAAAUUCUCAACAGGAACAAUGACGUUGAAAUGUAUGAACUGCUUCACGUGUUGAACUUUGAUCCAGUGAGAAGGCGAAUGAGUGUAAUAGUCAGAUCCAAAUCAGGUGAUACACUGCUCUUCUGUAAGGGAGCGGACUCUUCCAUCUUUCCCCGCGUCAGACAGGAGGAGGUCGAAAGGAUACGCAUGCAUGUGGAGCGUAAUGCAACAGAGGGCUACCGGACGUUGUGUGUGGCCUACAAAUAUCUCACUGCAGAGGAGUACACCCAGGCAGAUGCAGGAUUGAGGGAAGCUAGACUGGCUCUGCAGGACAGAGAUGAGAAGCUCAUGGCUGUUUACAACCAAGUGGAGACCAACAUGAGUCUAAUAGGGGCUACUGCUGUAGAAGAUCGGCUUCAAGAGGAGGCAGCAGAGACCAUGGAGGCUCUGCAGGGGGCAGGCAUUAAGGUUUGGGUCCUAACGGGGGACAAGAUGGAGACGGCAAAGUCCACCUGUUAUGCUUGUAGAUUGUUCCAGAGAAAUACAGAGCUGUUGGAGCUGACGGUGCGUACUCUGGAGGAUGGAGAGCAGAGUCGUGAGCAGCGACUGCAUGAGCUCUUGCUUGAAUACCACAAGAAGGCUGUACAGGAUGCACCACCAGUUAAAGCAGGCAUCACUAGGAGCUGGUCUUCGGCAAGCCAGGACUAUGGUUUUAUCAUAGAUGGGGCCACUCUGUCAAUGGUGUUCAACUCCUCCUCUGACUCCAACUCAAGUCACUACAAGAACCUGUUCCUGCAGAUUUGUCAAAACUGCACAUCUGUGCUCUGCUGCCGCAUGGCUCCUCUACAAAAGGCACAGAUAGUUAAAAUGGUGAAGAACUCUAAAGGCACCCCAAUCACCCUUUCCAUUGGAGAUGGUGCCAAUGAUGUCAGCAUGAUUUUGGAAGCCCAUGUUGGCAUUGGUAUUAAGGGUAAAGAGGGUCGGCAGGCAGUGAGGAACAGUGAUUAUGCCAUCCCCAAACUCAAGCACCUUAAGAAACUUUUGUUGGCUCAUGGGCAUCUCUACUAUGUUCGCAUUGCACACCUGGUGCAAUAUUUCUUUUACAAGAACCUUUGCUUCAUCUUACCUCAGUUUUUGUACCAGUUCUUCUGUGGCUAUUCCCAGCAACCCCUGUAUGACGCGGCCUAUCUGACGAUGUACAACAUCUGCUUCACCUCCAUGCCCAUCCUGGCUUACAGCCUCUUGGAGCAGCACAUCUGCAUUGAGGUUCUGCUGGACAAUGCUACCCUCUAUAGAGAGAUAGCUAAGAAUGCCAUGUUACGGUGGGGACCAUUCUUCUACUGGACUUUACUUGGAGUCUUCCAUGGCUUGCUCUUUUUCUUUGGUGUUCGAUUUUUGUUCAGUAACCCAGCCCUGCAGGAUAAUGGCCAGGUUUUUGGGAACUGGUCGUAUGGAACAAUUGUCUUCACUGUCCUUGUCUUCACUGUCACACUAAAGCUUGCUCUGGACACACGGCACUGGACCUGGAUCAACCACUUUGUAAUCUGGGGCUCCCUGGCUUUCUAUGUGUUUUUCAGCUUCUUCUGGGGAGGAAUAAUAUGGCCUUUCCUGAAGCAGCAACGUUUGUACUUUGUGUUUGCCAACAUGCUGAGCUCAGUGUCUGCCUGGCUGGUCAUCAUCCUGCUCAUCCUGCUCAGCCUACUGCCGGAGAUCCUGCUUGUGGUGUUCCGCAAGCCCCGUGGGCCCCACGCUCGACAGAAGAAGCCGGUUCAGUCGAGCAUGGGGGGCCUCCAGUCUCCCCAGUCUUCAGCCAGACCCCUGCUCAUGAGAACCUUUUCAGAUGAGUCCAGUACUGUCAUUUAAACAGCUGUCAGGGGCCAGCCUCCUACAAACAUCCAGAUUGCGGCUGUCACACCACUAUCCUACAAGCACCUGAAGGAGCGCGAGUGAAAGGCGGCAAGGACUCACAACAACAGUGGCAUCAGCCACUUUCAGGGUCCCGUCCGUGCCAGUCAGGUCAGAGCUGUCUGCUGUCAUGCCUGAUCUGAGAAGAGGAGGGAAAAAAAUAAGAAAAAGAAAGAUUUGCUGACCGAGGGGAAGGGAUAAAAAGUUUUGACGUUGCUCCGUCCUUCUCUGCCCAACAGCUCCUAACCCCCCACGCAUGCCUGCAGAGCAGUGCCCUGCAUUAUUUUUAAAAAUAUCUAUUCAGAUGACGGGCAUGAAUUUUUUUUGUUUUACUUUUCUUUUAAAAAAAAAAAAAUACUAGCUUACAAAUGAAUGCAUACACAGCCGCCUUGUCAAUAGCUCUACCCAACUGCUGUGUUUUAACAAGCAGUUGUAAUAUCCACUCCAGGAAUGGUUCACCUGCAUGAAAGAAGGCUCAAAAGAACACUUCACUCCACUGAUGUUCAGUCACUGUAUUCUGCAAAGUUUUUAUUAAGACAUAAUGAUCCUAUUCGCAACGGUUACACUUUAAAAGGUUAUUCUACAUUACAGUUAUUUUGCUUUUCAAUGGUUAUUCUUUAAACGGUUAUCAUAUCUUUAAGAAAAUGCACUCAUCCACAGGUCCAAAUGUAAUGAAACGUUACUGAAGAUGAUUUCAGUUUUGCUCAGAGCAGCAAACACACGGUAUACUGGUUUAUAGAUUAUUAUGUGAUUAUUUGUUUCCCAUGAUGAAUCUGCAUUCUCUAUUGAAUACUAAGGUAUAAGAUGGGUUAAUGGAUGCCAUAUUACGACUCAAUCAAAAAAGUCUGUGUGUGUUUAUGUAAGAUUGAGAGAUAGAUUAGAGAUGUUGAGCAUAUUCUGGCAAUGAAACAUUGUUCAGAGCAUGACCUAAAUCUUCCAACCUCAGAGAUAACUUAAGAGUCCAUUUAAGAUGAGAAAAUUAAUAUAUGUGCUGUACUGUAUAUAGCUUAGAGAUUUAUGACAGCAUCUGCUCAAAGCCAAAAAAAUGAACAUAAUGCGAUCAGAUUCUGUCCACACUAGUGUGACCUGAAAGUGACAAGUCUGUGUGUGUGUGUGUGUGUGUAUAUGCGUGUGUUACAUAAAAGCCAGAAAUGCCUGUGUCAUGAAAACCAGGAUUACUUGAACCUUGUUGAUGUAGUUCGGCUAGACAUUUCCUGCACUAUUAUGGAAACUGGUUGCGUAGAUGGUCACUAAGGCACAUGAAUAUAUGCCUGAGAGCACACACACACACACGCCCGCACAUAUCAGAUAGACAAGAACAACACACACAAUAACCACACACAUACACAUAAAUGCGCACAUGCACUAAAGUCUAAAUGAGGUAUUUAUGUUCAUUACCCAUUCUCUAGUUUGCAUAAUUUGUCUCAGACAGGCUGAAGUUGGAGUGUAAAGAAAAUCAACUCCAGACCUGCAGAGUCAACAUAGUUAAUGCCACUGUGAGGCUCUACGCUCCAUCUCCCUCCUUCUGUUUUUGGUCAAAUUUGCUGACCGGCAGGAUGAUAGAGUGGACUGUUUGGCCUUUUGUUCCUUCCUAUAACUUCUUGUGUGUAGUGCUUCAUACAUUCCAUUUAAACAUGCCAUGAUUUCAAACGCUUUUACUGUUUUGGAAUAUUCUUUCUAUUUUUUUUCCCACAAACGUGUAUUGUCUGUUUGGCAUAUUUAUUGUUAAGUGUAAUUUUACUCACAAAUGUUAUACUUUUAUUACAUAAAUCUUUUUUAUUGUGGAGAGUUGAUCGGCUUUGUGCCAGAUGAGUUAGUCUAUGUUACUCCAGUACUGAUGAAAGCCUGUGCCAAACCCAUUUGAUAGUCUUUGUCAUACAUGCAAAGACAGGCAGCCCCCCCAACAUCCCAAAAUCAACCUCUGAACUAGUACCACUCCCUUUUUUUUUAAGUUAUUAUUUUUUUGGCUUUUUGCCUUUAUUGGAUAAGAACAGCUGAAGUGAGACAAGAAGGGGGGGGGUGACAUGCAGCAAAGGGCCCCAGGGUCGAAUCGAACCUGGGCCACUGUGGUAAGGACUCAGCCUUAGUACAUGGUGUGCGCGCUCUACCAGGUGAGCUACUGGGGCCCUGCAAUGCCACUUCUUUUGCCAGGUUAUGUAACUCUUGGUUUAAACUGAUGAGUACUUAUCACUAAAUAGCAUUAAAUGUAUGUUUUGUGUUAUAGCCAACUGUUACAGAAUCUGUCAGUAUGGUGAUUUUAAAGUUUACUACUUUACUACUGAUCCCUGCUCAAACAAUAACUCCAGUACUGUACUUUUUAGUACUGGCCUUGUAUUUCACCCCACUGACUGUAGCCUGACAUAUCUGAUACAGUGCAUCUGCAGAAUGGCACAUGCAGUCAUAACGCCAAAUUGAGAUUUUAGAAAUUAAGUUAAUGUUGAUUUGUUCUUAACAAAUGGAAAAAUUAACAUACCUUUCAGAAUAGUUUUCUAUUACUAGUGUUCUUUACUCUGUGACAUGUCACCUCCAGACUGCACUGUGCCAGAGAUACCGGGUGUAAGCAGACACACUGAGAGGGGCUGCCUGCUUUGUUAGAAAAUUAAAACCUUUAAGUGACAUCAGAGAUGCUAUUUUCAGAAGUUAAAAAUAUCUUGGAAUCUAAUGUUUUGCCUGUCUAAAUGAAAAGUAUAAAAGAAUGGAUUGUAUUUUUAAUGCAACCUUUUUCCAGCCACUUUUGUAAGAAAAUCAAAAUGUCCACACAAAAAAAAAAAGCACGAGAGGCUCUGUGGUUGUGGACGCUGUCCCUGUCUGUGAGGGGUGGAGGUGGACAUCUUCAGGCACCUCAGCAGCUCUGGGUCAUGCAGCCAGGGACACUUCGCCACCUCCAGCCCUUUGGGUCUCCAGCAUCAACACUUCAAACCUCCAAGCUGAAUGUACCUCUUUGAAACUAGUAUAUUCAAAACCUGAAGAUUUUCUGUAAUAAAGCAGAAUGUUUUGAAGAUAGA